UUUGUGCAAACUUACACAGACAACUUCGGCCAUGUUUCAUGUCGCUCGUCAAGAUGCAGAGAAACAGUGGUAUGUUUUCUUAGCGAAAUUCAAGGCCAAAGGGUGGCGCCCGGAGUACCUCCACAACACUAUCAACAUCAACAACAGCAACCCCAAUAUCAUCAGCCGCCGCCACCACCACAACUGCAGACCGGUCAAUAUCAGCAGCAACAGCAACAGCCACAACACUUACCACCUAAUGUAGCACCUCAACAAUAUCAACCGCAGCAACAAAAUCAACCGCAUCAGCCAGUGCAAUAUCAAAAUGUACCUGUGCAACAACAACAACCGCAUCAUAUACCUGUUCAGCAACAGCCACAGCAAGGAAUGCACGCACAACAUGCACAACAUGCAUCGCAAGGACACGGUGGCCAGGUUCUUAAUGCAGCUAAUAUACAACAAGAAAGGGAGCAUAUACAAGAGCAUUUACAAGUACCUAUUGAUACUAGUAAAAUGUCCGAGGCUGAACUGCAAUUUCAUUACUUUAAAAUGCAUGAUUCCGAUAAUAACAAUAAAUUAGAUGGCUGUGAAUUGAUUAAAUCAUUAAUACAUUGGCAUGAACAAGGAAAUAAAGAUGCUCAUGCUCAUGAUCCCGAACAACCUCGAGUAGAAGAGAAAAUAUUCACUGAUGAAGAAUUGGUAGUUUUAAUUGAUCCAAUAUUGCAAAUGGAUGAUACGUCACGCGAUGGAUAUAUAGAUUAUCCCGAAUUUAUAAAAGCUCAACAAAAGGCCCAACAAAACCAGCAGCAACAGCAACAACAAGCGCAGAAAAGUGGUCAUUAAUACAUGAUAGGAUUUGAGUCAUCGUUGCGAUUAAGAGGUUUAAAAUCUUUUUCUUUUUUUUUUCAUUUUUAU